UCUGUGAGCCUGAGGCUGAAAUCAACAUUUGCCUCUGGCAGGGAAAUGAACUUGUUAGUUUCCGUGUGCUUCAGAUCCUCAGCCCAAAGGAGCCAGGGGUUGCAGUAGCAGUUUGGCUUUGUGUAUCGAGAACCUCACAGCUAUAAAGGACCUCCGGUCUUGCUCCCAGCCCAAGGACUCCAAAGCCAUCACGUGGCAGCGUGGAGCCCGCCUCCUGAUGACGUCACAGCACUCGCAGCAGACGUGCUGAAGAAAGGAUGCUCUAGGAUGCUGUCCAGGUGGACGGCCAGGCUGCAAGAUGCGGCACUGCAGGUGGACUUCUCUUCCAGGAGUAACUAGCAUGGUCAGUGCAGGAACCAUGAGUGCCUCUGGGAACCUAAUGGACUUCCUUGAUGAGCCCUUCCCUGAUGUAGGGACCUAUGAGGACUUCCACACCAUAGACUGGCUGAGGGAAAAGUCCCGGGACACUGACAGACACAGAAAGAUAACCAGCAAAAGUAAGGAGUCGAUCUGGGAGUUCAUCAAGAGCCUGCUGGAUGCAUGGUCAGGAUGGGUGGUGAUGCUGCUUAUCGGGCUGCUGGCAGGUACCUUGGCUGGGGUCAUUGAUCUUGCUGUUGACUGGAUGACAGACCUGAAGGAGGGGGUCUGUCUGUCUGCCUUCUGGUACAGCCAUGAGCAAUGCUGCUGGACCUCCAAUGAGACCACUUUCGAGGACAGGGACAAGUGUCCCCUGUGGCAGAAGUGGUCAGAGCUUCUGCUGAGCCAGUCAGAGGGUGCCAGUGCUUACAUUCUGAAUUACUUAAUGUACAUUCUAUGGGCAUUGCUGUUUGCAUUUCUGGCUGUCUCCCUGGUACGUGUAUUUGCACCAUAUGCCUGUGGCUCUGGCAUACCUGAGAUAAAGACCAUUUUGAGUGGAUUUAUCAUCAGAGGCUACCUGGGGAAAUGGACGCUGCUAAUCAAGACUGUUACCUUGGUACUGGUUGUGUCUUCUGGCCUGAGCCUUGGGAAAGAGGGGCCACUGGUGCAUGUGGCUUGUUGCUGUGGCAACUUCUUCAGCAGCCUUUUCUCCAAGUAUAGCAAGAAUGAGGGCAAGAGGCGUGAGGUGCUUUCGGCUGCAGCUGCUGCUGGUGUCUCUGUGGCCUUUGGUGCUCCCAUAGGAGGUGUGCUCUUCAGUCUGGAGGAGGUCAGUUACUACUUUCCCUUGAAAACCUUGUGGAGGUCAUUUUUCGCAGCCCUGGUGGCGGCAUUCACACUGCGCUCCAUCAACCCCUUUGGAAAUAGUCGCCUGGUUCUCUUUUAUGUGGAGUAUCAUACACCCUGGUAUAUGGCUGAACUCUUCCCCUUCAUCCUGCUUGGAGUCUUUGGGGGUUUGUGGGGAACCCUCUUCACACGCUGCAACAUUGCCUGGUGCAGGAGGCGUAAAACUACCAGGCUGGGGAAGUACCCAGUGUUGGAGGUCAUUGUGGUGACAGCCAUCACUGCCAUCAUCGCCUAUCCCAAUCCAUACACUCGCCAGAGCACCAGUGAGCUCAUUUCUGAGCUGUUCAAUGACUGUGGGGCUCUUGAAUCCUCUCAGCUCUGUGACUACAUCAAUGACCCCAACAUGACUCGGCCUGUAGAUGACAUUCCAGACCGGCCAGCUGGAGUUGGGGUUUACACAGCGAUGUGGCAGCUGGCCUUGGCACUGAUCUUCAAAAUAGUCAUUACUAUAUUUACCUUUGGCAUGAAGAUUCCUUCAGGCCUCUUCAUCCCCAGCAUGGCUGUAGGAGCCAUGGCAGGCCGGAUGGUGGGAAUCGGUGUGGAGCAGCUGGCCUACCAUCACCAUGACUGGAUCAUCUUCAGGAACUGGUGCAGGCCUGGAGCAGACUGUGUCACACCAGGGCUUUAUGCGAUGGUGGGAGCUGCAGCCUGUCUAGGUGGAGUGACGAGGAUGACAGUGUCACUGGUAGUCAUCAUGUUUGAACUGACUGGAGGUCUGGAGUACAUUGUGCCCCUGAUGGCAGCUGCUGUCACCAGCAAGUGGGUGGCUGAUGCCUUUGGGAAAGAAGGGAUUUAUGAAGCCCACAUCCAUUUGAAUGGGUACCCAUUUCUCGAUGUGAAGGAUGAAUUCACCCACCGUACUCUGGCCACUGAUGUGAUGCGGCCCCGGAGGGGAGAACCACCAUUGUCAGUGCUCACCCAGGACAGCAUGACUGUGGAGGACGUGGAGACACUCAUCAAAGAGACAGACUACAAUGGCUUUCCUGUGGUGGUCUCCAGAGACUCGGAGCGCCUCAUCGGCUUUGCCCAGAGACGAGAGCUGAUAUUGGCUAUAAAGAAUGCCAGACAGAGACAAGAGGGCAUCGUGAGCAAUUCCAUCAUGUACUUCACAGAGGAGCCCCCUGAGCUGCCUGCCAAUAGCCCACAUCCACUGAAGCUGAGGCGCAUUCUGAACCUGAGCCCUUUCACUGUCACAGACCACACCCCCAUGGAGACAGUAGUGGAUAUCUUCCGGAAACUGGGGCUCCGCCAAUGCCUGGUGACGCGGAGUGGGAGACUUCUUGGGAUCAUCACAAAAAAGGAUGUUCUGAGACACAUGGCCCAGAUGGCAAACCAGGACCCUGAAUCCAUCAUGUUUAAUUAGCAAUAAGGCGGCAGUUAUUUUGAGAAGACCAAUAACUACAUAAUUUUUAAAGAAAUAAUCAAAUGAUACAUUAUGAUUCCAGUGGAAGACCAUGUGCUGAGGGCAGCAGAAAUGAAAGCCUUGUUUGAAAGAAGGGGGAGAAGGAUGAAACUUUUUUUAAAAAGGCAAAACCACAAAUUAGUAGGCAUUUUGUAAUUAACCACUUAUAAUUUCCAAGCCGUGUUUCUUAAUGAGUUUACUAACUGCUUUGGGGGCAUGUGGAAGAGUGUAAAUGACAUAAAUUAUAUGAGAAUGUGGAACACCAGAAAUCGCGGUCCCUUCACUCAAGGUUGAUAUUUGUAAUUUUGGAGUACAUGUGAAACUUUGAGUCCAAAAGACAAAGAGGGGUAUCAGCAUGCCACUAUUAUGUAUUGGUUCCUAAAAUUUUGCUAUUAUGUUAAGAAAUCAUAGGGAAGAUAUUGCACUUACUGUGUUGGAAGAGAAAAGAAAAUUAAAGUUGGAUACAGUGAAAGCUACAAGCAGACCCUGAUGGGUCUAUUUAUGACCAUCUCUUAUCUUGCUUUUCUUCUCAAGCCCGUUGUUUUGCUUCUUUAUCAGUCUGAACCAGUAUCAGUGGUGCCCACCAUAGUGAGCAUGAAGAAACUACUUCUCCUACAAGAGACCAAUACCUUGAGACUGGACAGUGAACUUUUGGAACAUGUAGUACUGUGUGGACAUUCCUCUCAUAUAAGGGGACACAUUCUUACUUUGAGGGGACACUUGCCUCAUCACUGAUUUGCAACUCCAAAGCAUCGACUUCAUUUAUUUAUGCAGUUACUUGUACAUUUGAUAUAUAGACCAGUCCAGCCUCUGCCAUGGAUUAUUGCCUGUGUGCUCCCAGAUUGCUAUAGUGUGUUUUGGUUUCUAAGUAGCAUGUGUAAUACUCAAAAACCAGCUACCCAGUGUUUCUACUUAACUUUCUUCUCAGGUCUUUCAGACAGAGCCAUGAUUAGGGUGAAGCAUAUGAGUUCUCAGUGGGAACUCCUCCAAAUGAAUUACAAAAGAAAUAGUAAAUUGAUUCUAAAUCUCUUCCAUUCUCUUCUCUGUAGGAUAUAAAAUGUCCAGUUUUAAUGCCUAAGCAUGUACUUUCAUAAUAGCAAUCACAGCAUAGGACAGAGUUACAUUUUAUACAGCCAAUUGAAGCAUUGGGUCUCUUUGUAUUUGAUCUUAAUGACACUUUUAUUCUUUUAGUCAGCACUUCUGUCUUUUCUGCAGGAAGGAAUUAGUGUUUUAGGUCCAUUGCAUGAUCUCUGUAAGAUUUAUGUCAUUUGCCAUUUCACUUCAUCUUUGCCCCCCACCUUUCCCUCAGUCAUCAUCAUUCUUUUCAAUCUUAUUGUCAUUGGAUGUGGAUGUAUCAGGUGCAUGUGCACUUGGCUGUGUGUAGCAGAAAGCACAAUUGACAGUCUGAGUAAGAAACCUAGGAGAUGGUCACUCCAGGACUGUCUCCAUGCUAUUUCCAGAGAUCCUAAUUCUUCUGGCAUUUCAUUUUCGCUUCUCUUAUCCUCUGCCCUUUGGCUUACUGCCUCAUAGUUGUAAAAAUGUUGCCCAGAUGCCAGGUGUGAUGUCUAUUUACUGUGUGGGAAGAGGGAGAAAGAGGCGAGUAACAAGAUAAAGUGUGUGUAUCUGGGAAAGAUAAGCUUUGCUAGAGAUGCUCAGCAUACAACCAUUGGCUGGAAUUUUGUCACAUGUCUUGUCCUCCUAGAUAUAUGUGAGUCUAGAAAGAAAAAUUUUAGCUAGACACAUUACUUUCUGAAUGACAAUUAGAUUCUCUUAAUAGGUGAGGAGGAUUGGGUUUGGGGAGGGGAGUGUAUCUGUCAUAUUAAAUUCCAUCAUCAUGUCCCUA